AUGCGGCUCUGGAGUUGGGUGCUGCGCCUGGGGCUGCUGAGCGCCGCGCUGGGCUGCGGGCUGGCUGAGCGCCCCCGCCGGGCCCGGAGAGACCCGCGGGCCGGCCGCCCCCCGCGCCCUGCCGCCGGCCCGGCCACCUGCGCCACCCGGGCGGCCCGCGGCCGCCGCGCCUCGCCGCCGCCGCCGCCGCCGCCGCCGCCGGGCGGUGCCUGGGAAGCCGUGCGCGUCCCCCGGCGGCGGCAGCAGCGGGAGGCGAGGGGCGCCGCGGAGGAGCCGAGCCCGCCGAGCCGGGCGCUCUAUUUCAGCGGACGCGGCGAGCAGCUGCGCCUCCGGGCCGACCUCGAGCUGCCCCGGGACGCGUUCACGUUGCAAGUGUGGCUGCGAGCGGAGGGGGGCCAGAGGUCUCCGGCGGUGAUCACAGGGCUGUAUGACAAAUGUUCUUAUACCUCGCGUGACCGAGGAUGGGUCGUGGGCAUUCACACCGUCAGUGACCAAGGCAACCGAGACCCACGCUACUUUUUCUCCUUGAAGACAGACCGGGCCCGGCAGGUGACCACCAUCAAUGCCCACCGCAGCUACCUCCCAGGCCAGUGGGUGUACCUAGCUGCCACCUAUGAUGGGCGGCUGAUGAAGCUCUAUGUGAAUGGUGCCCAAGUGGCGACAUCUGGGGAGCAAGUGGGCGGCAUCUUCAGCCCACUGACCCAGAAGUGUAAAGUGCUCAUGCUGGGGGGCAGUGCUCUGAAUCACAACUACCGGGGCUACAUCGAGCACUUCAGUCUCUGGAAGGUGGCCAGGACUCAGCGGGAGAUACUGUCUGACAUGGAAAUUCAUGGCCUCCACACUUCUCUACCUCAGCUCCUCCUCCAGGAGAACUGGGACAAUGUGAAGCGAACCUGGUCCCCCAUGAAGGACGGCAGCAGCCCCCAAGUGGAACGCAGCAAUGCCCACGGCUUUCUGCUGGACACGAGUUUGGAGCCCCCUCUGUGCGGGCAGACCUUGUGUGACAACACAGUGGUCAUUGCCAGCUACAACCAGCUCCCACGUUUCCGCCGGCCCAAGGUGGUACGCUACCGUGUGAUCAACCUCCAUGACGACAGCCAUGAGAACCCGACGGUGAGCCGCCAGCAGAUUGACUUUCAGCACCAGCAGCUGGCUGAGGCCUUUAAACACUACAACAUCUCUUGGGAGCUGGAGGUGCUGGAGGUCAGCAACUCCUCCCUCCGCCACCGCCUCAUUCUGGCCAACUGUGACAUCAGCAAGAUCGGGGAUGAGAACUGUGACCCGGAGUGUAACCACACACUGACUGGCCAUGAUGGAGGGGACUGCCGCAGUCUGCGCCACCCCGCCUUCAUGAAGAAGCAACAGAAUGGGGUAUGUGACAUGGACUGCAACUAUGAGCGGUUCAACUUUGAUGGCGGGGAGUGCUGUGACCCUGAUAUUACCGAUGUCACCAAGACUUGCUUUGAUCCUGACUCUCCACACAGAGCCUACUUGGAUGUUAAUGAACUGAAGAGCAUUCUUAGAUUGGAUGGAUCAACACAUCUCAAUAUCUUCUUUGCAAACUCCUCAGAAGAAGAGUUGGCAGGAGUAGCAACUUGGCCAUGGGACAAGGAGGCCCUGAUGCACUUAGGUGGCAUUGUCUUGAACCCAUCUUUCUAUGGCAUUCCUGGGCACACCCACACCAUGAUUCAUGAGAUCGGGCAUAGCCUGGGCCUCUAUCACAUCUUCCGAGGCAUCUCGGAAAUCCAGUCCUGCAGUGACCCCUGCAUGGAGACAGAAGCUUCCUUCGAGACUGGAGACCUCUGCGGUGACACCAACCCAGCCCCAAAACACAAGUUCUGCGGGGACCCAGGGCCAGGGAAUGACACAUGUGGCUUUCAUACCUUCUUCAACACUCCUUACAACAACUUCAUGAGCUAUGCAGAUGACGACUGUACUGACUCCUUCACGCCCAAUCAAGUCGCCAGAAUGCACUGUUACCUGGACCUGGUGUACCAGAGCUGGCAGCCUUCCAGGAAGCCUGCACCUGUCGCCCUCACCCCCCAGAUCGUAGGCCACACAACGGACUCCGUGAUGCUGGAGUGGUUCCCGCCCAUCGACGGCCAUUUCUUUGAAAGAGAAUUGGGAUCAGCAUGUGAGCUUUGUCUGGAAGGGAGAAUCCUGGUGCAGUAUGCCUUCAAUGCCUCCUCUCCGAUGCCCUGUGGCCCGUCAGGACACUGGAGCCCUCGGGAAGCAGAAGGUCACCCAGAUGUUGAACAACCCUGUAAGUCCAGUGUCCACACCUGGAGCCCAAACUCUGCUGUCAACCCACACACGGUCCCUCCAGCCUGCCCUGAGCCACAAGGCUGCUACCUCGAACUGGAAUUCCGCUACCCAUUGGUCCCUGAAUCUCUGACCAUCUGGGUGACUUUUGUCUCCACUGACUGGGACUCUAGUGGGGCUGUCAAUGACAUCAAACUGUUGACUGUCAGUGGGAAGAAUGUCUCCCUGGGCCCUCAGAAUGUCUUCUGUGAUGUUCCACUGACCAUCAAACUCCUGGAUGUGGGCGAGGAGGUGUAUGGUAUCCAGAUCUACACACUGGAUGAGCACCUGGAGAUUGAUGCCGCCAUGCUGACCUCCAUUGCAGACAGCCCACUUUGCCUUGAGUGUAAGCCCCUGCAGUAUAAAGUGGUCCGGGACCCUCCUCUCAAAAUGGACGUGGCCUCCACCCUACACCUCAAUAGAAGAUUCAAGGACAUGGAUCUAAAUCUUGGCAGUGUGUACCAGUACCGGGUCAUCACCGUUUCAGGAACUGAAGAGAGUGAGCCUUCACCUGCUGCCGUAUACAUCCAUGGAAGUGGGUACUGUGGUGAUGGAAUUAUCCAGAAAGACCAAGGUGAAGAAUGCGAUGACAUGAAUAAGCUCAAUGGUGAUGGUUGUUCCCUUUUCUGCCUACAGGAAGUUUCCUUCAAUUGCAUUGAUGAGCCCAGCCGGUGCUAUUUCCAUGAUGGUGAUGGAGUAUGUGAGGAGUUUGAACAAAAAACUAGCAUUAAAGACUGUGGCGUCUACACGCCCCAGGGAUUCCUAGAUCAGUGGGCAUCUAAUGCUUCAGUAUCCCACCAAGACCAACAGUGUCCAGGCUGGGUCAUCAUUGGUCAACCAGCAGCAUCCCAGGUAUGUCGAACCAAGGUGAUAGAUCUCAGCGAAGGCAUUUCCCAGCACGCCUGGUACCCUUGCACCAUCACCUACCCACAGUCCCAGAUGGCUCAGACCACAUUCUGGCUCCGGGCAUAUUUUUCUCAGCCAAUGGUUGCUGCGGCUGUCAUUGUCCACCUGGUAACCGAUGGGACGUAUUAUGGGGACCAAAAGCAGGAGACUAUCAGUAUCCAGCUGCUUGAUACCAAAGGUCAAAGCCACGACCUAGGCCUCCAUGUCUUGAGCUGCAGGAACAAUCCCCUGAUUAUCCCUGUGGUCCAUGACCUCAGCCAGCCCUUCUACCACAGCCAGGCGGUGCGUGUGAGCUUCAGCUCGUCUCUGGUCGCCAUCUCUGGGGUGGCCCUCCGCUCCUUCGACAACUUUGACCCUGUCACCCUGAGCAGCUGCCAGAGAGGGGAGACCUACAGCCCUGCUGAGCAGAGCUGUGUGCACUUCGCCUGUGAGGCCACUGACUGCCCAGAGCUGGCUGUGGAGAAUGCUUCUCUCAACUGCUCCAGCAGUGACCGCUACCAUGGUGCCCAGUGUACCGUGAGAUGUCGGACAGGCUACGUGCUCCAGAUACAGCGGGAUGACGAGCUGAUCAAGAGCCAGACAGGACCCAGAGUCACAGUGACCUGCACUGAAGGCAAGUGGAACAAGCAGGUGGUGUGCGAGCCAGUGGACUGUGGCAUACCAGACCAGCACCACGUGUAUGCCGCCACCUUCUCUUGCCUUGAGGGUACCACAUUUGGCAGCAAGUGCUCCUUCCAGUGCCGUCACCCCGCGCAGUUGAAAGGCAACAGCAGCCUCUUGACCUGCAUGGAGGAUGGGCUGUGGUCCUUUCCGGAAGCCGUGUGUGAGCUCAUGUGCCUGGCUCCACCCCCAGUACCCAAUGCAGACCUACAGACCGCCCGGUGCCGGGAGAACAAGCACAAAGUGGGCGCUUUCUGCAAGUACAAGUGCAAACCCGGAUACCACGUGCCUGGCUCCUCUCGGAAGUCGAAAAAACGGGCCUUCAAGACACAGUGUACCCAGGAUGGCAGCUGGCAGGAGGGAGCGUGUGUUCCUGUGACUUGUGACCCACCUCCACCCAAAUUCCAUGGGCUCUACCAGUGCACUAACGGCUUCCAGUUCAACAGCGAGUGUAGGAUCAAGUGUGAAGACAGUGAUGCCUCCCAGGGACGGGGAAGCAACAUCAUCCACUGCCGGAAAGAUGGCACCUGGAGCGGCUCCUUCCACCUCUGCAAGGAGAUGCAAGGCCAGUGCUCUCCCCCGAACCAGCUCAACAGCAACCUCAAACUGCAGUGCCCCGAUGGCUAUGCCAUAGGGUCAGAGUGUGCCACCUCGUGCCUGGACCACAACAGUGAGUCCAUCAUCCUGCCAAUGAACGUGACCGUGCGUGACAUCCCCCACUGGCUGAAUCCUACACGUGUGGAGAGAGUUGUCUGCACUGCUGGUCUCAAGUGGUAUCCUCACCCUGCUCUGAUUCACUGUGUCAAAGGCUGUGAGCCCUUCAUGGGAGACAAUUACUGUGAUGCCAUCAACAACCGGGCCUUCUGCAACUAUGAUGGUGGGGACUGCUGUGCCACCACAGUGAAGACCAAAAAGGUCACCCCCUUCCCUAUGUCCUGUGACCUACAAGGUGACUGUGCUUGUCGGGACCCCCAGGCCCAAGAACACAGCCGGAAAGACCUCCGGGGAUACAGCCAUGGCUAAGGAAGGACAAGGAGUUGUCCAAGCAUUCCCAACGCCAGGACCUGCAUCCCUUUGGUAUUGAUUUCACAGUCAGCUGCUCAAUGGAAUGGCCUCUCCACACCAGGGAUCCUUAGCACCCAACCGGUCUGCCUUUAAUUUCACCCAGGAAGGACUCACAGUGAGGCAGAUGAACCAAGUCUUGCCAUGUUCAAUGAUGGAAUGGAAUCCCAUCCCAAAGUCUUAGAGGGACUGCAAAUACAACAUGCAGUCACAGAGCCUCCUAAAAUUCUAAGCAUUUGUCACACGACCACAGCAAGGAACCUGUUCUGUAGCUAGGAGUGUGCACAUCUGUGGUUAGAACACAUGCAUGCAUACACACCCAUACAAACAUUUGUAUAAGGGCAGUUUUGGAGACUGAGCAGAGAGGGACUGGAACAAAAACCAGUCUUUCCUUUCCCAAGCUCUUACCCAAUACUGUCCUUGGGGGAAAGAGGUUGCAGAAACUGCAAGCGUUAAGAUGCCAAGAUAGCUCGCACCCUGAGGCUUGGAAUAUGUAGGGCAUGCACACUUGUGCAGUCUUUUGGGAUUGGAAACUAAAUGGUCUCUGGCCACCUACUUUCUAGGAAACUAGGAUCCAGGAAGAGGUAAAGAAUCCAAGGUAUGCAAAGUCCCCCAAUUCUUCCUCUGCCAUAGGGAUUUUACCCCAACUCCCAGGUUCGAGGCCAAGCUGGAAAAGGCUUAGGAUUGGAAUGUCAAGGUGUUAUACCAGCCCCCUGCUUGAGGCUUGAGGUCAUAUUAUCCCUCCAGAACCCGUCUGUUCUCUGAAUCUUGCCCUGGGACCACAUUUGCUGCUACUUUUCCUGCUGCUCUAUCCUAUACAUUGAGUAUCCCAAGAUGGUAGGACUAGGUUAGGAAAAACCCCACACAACCAAAAAGUCUGCCUUAAAAGUGACCCACAUUCUUCCACAGCUCCUCACCUCUUAGUCUUUCUGUAAAAGAAAAACCCUCAUUGGCCCAUGUGGUGAGAACUUAAGUCCCCUAUGGGUGGCUUCUUAUCCUGGAAGGGAGUUGAGGGACUUAAGAUGCUGGAACCCUCACUGAGAACCCAGAAUGUCUAAGCCAGUGUUCAAUUUUGUAAUCAAGAAGAACAGUGUUAAAUUCCUACAAUGUUGGAGCCAUCUAGAGACUGUUGGAAUUGUAGGGAUUCUUAGGUUAUUAUUCUUAUCCCAGCUUUCCUAGCCCACCAGGCUAGAGUAGGCUUCAGUCCUGAGGACCUCACUGUUGCCCUGAGUAAGUCAAAUUCAGUCAAAUUCUGGAGAUAGAGGAUUGUCUUGGAUACAAUCAGUCUAGAUUGUGGCCUAGAGGGCCAUCAGAGGGAAGUCAAAGACUUCACAGCCUCAGUCUCCAACAACCCAUCAUGGUCAUUGUGUUUUUCAUACAGUCUUUCUGCUAUCACUAUUCCCGUCCACACCUGUGACUGGGUGACCCUUCCUUCUCUCCCAUGUUUAGCCUCCAGAAGUUAAGAGGAAAUUAGUCAAAUGUACAUGGAAGCCCCCAGUUCUUUUGGAACCCCUUUGCCUUGGUGGCAUACUGGUUAAGAGCUAAAGCAUGCUACAGCUGCUAACCAAAAGGUCAGCAAUUCAAAUCCACGAGGCACUCCUUGGAAACCCUAUGGGGCAGUUCUACUCUGUCCUAUAGAGUCGCUAUGAGUAGGAAUCAACUCAAUGGCACUGGGUUUUUGGGUUGCCUCUUUUCAGUAGCCCUGUGGCAUAGAGGUUAAGAACUCGGCUGCUAACCAAAAGGUUGGCAGUUCAAAUCCACUGUUCGAUCCUUGGAAACCCUAUGAGGCAGUUCUACUUUGUUCUUUGGGGUUGCUAUGAGUCAGAACUGGCUCAACAGCAAUGGGUUUUUUGUCUCUUUCUAGCCAGUUUCCUGUCUACUCCCUUUGAGUUAAUAUUGGAAGAGAUUAAUACAGAAUGAGUUGGAGAGAAUGGUUAAAUCUGCCAUACUUUCUGAAACCUAGAGCUGGGAAAGUGAAGAGAUGAGAUGGUCUAAACUAGAUGUAUCACGUAAGGAUUGCUGUAAAUCAAAUCAUUUCAAGUCUGAAUGAAGACAAACAACAAAAAAAAACGCAAUCUAGCAUAGGAAUGAGAAUGAUCAGGCACGUAUGUUGCUCCUCCUUAUUCCUGCAUCCAAAGCAGACAUUGUUCAUCAGUCAUGGCCCUUUAUACUGUGGGGUCCAAAAAUAACUUAAGAAACCUUCUUCUUAUAUCACACUCAAUAGCAAUUACAUGUUUAUCAACAACACUUGAAAAGACAUCUAUUGGCCAUAUCAGGGUGUUUUUCACACAGAUGCCCACAGACAAGGAAGCAGUGUUUAGGUAGUGGACAUGGCUUGUACCUUAUUACAAAGUCUGAGACUGGGUUCCAGAAUGGAGAGGCUGCCACCACUGUUAAGGCCAGGAUCAAAUCCUUUAUGUUUCCUCCUUACAAAUCUAUAUCUCAUUUAUUUUCAAGAUUUCUUUUCUGUGAUUACCAGGACCAAUUCCUAGCAAAAAUAAAUAAUAAUAAUAUUUGAAUCAUGACCCCAUGUUGGCACCUCUCUCCAGUGUCUUAGAACUCUUGCCAACUCUCAAAGCCCCUCUCUUGUCCUAGUCAGAUUAUCAACGUGUCUCCUCUGUAGUGUUAGCUGAGAAAGUUUGAGCUAAAAAAAGAUGGCAGUGUCAGCCCUCUGAGUGGUUUAAUUACACCAAUAAGUAAUGCAAAAAGCUUUGAAGACCCAAAGAUUACAUCACAAAAGGUGGGGUUGCAGGAACCACAGAAGAACCUCACAGCCUUCCCUGAAAUCAGUCCUCAUCCUCUUUCUUCAUUCACUCUCACCCUGGUCCAUCCCCACACUCCCCCAGCUCAGUGAUCUUUCCUGGAGUCUGACUUCUAUCUUCAGACUCACAGAUUGAGUUAAGUACUUCUAAGUAAAGACCCACCCAGUCUCCUGACCAUCAUUCAAACCUAUUAACCACAAAUUGAUGUUUGCCAAGGAUAUUAGGCAAGAGGGACUACUUGAUUCAUGGCUAGCCCCAUGCCGACAUGGAAGAUGUAAUUAAUAGGUCCGUAUCAAACUUCAGUGGAGGAAAGUCAGCUCUAUUCGUGCAAUGCACUGAUUCCCAGUUUUGGUUUCUUUUCUGGGAAUAAACUUAUUGUCGCAUCCCUUCAAUCACCUUCAGUUUAGGACAUUAGAGUACUCACAAGGAGGCAGCACUGAAGUUCAGGGGCCCUAAACACUUGGGAUUCUGGGUCUGAAGAAGUAUUAGCCCACUAGCAGCAAGAAAGAAAACAUAAGAUGGACAGUCCUCUAAACUCCGUCUUGGGAAGCAUUUCCAAGCCAAACCCUAACUGCCUGCCCAGAGGACUUGUAUUAUCCCCAGUUCUGUGCCAACAACCUUUUAAGGGAAAACAGUCCUUGGGAAGUUAAUUUUAGUGGAUAAAUUGGGGUGUUAAGGGGGGAGAGAUCACCCAUCAUAAAUAAUAGGACUUUGAAGAUGGAAGGUACCAGCUGCUACUCCUGGCUUCAGCAUAUUAAGUCGCUGCCUAGACAGUUCUCUUGGUCUUAUUCCCACCUUGGCCAAUGCUUAAAUGCUGUUUGUUGAAAAUAAUCCUAAGAGACAGACUUUAGCUACCUCCCUUCCAUGUUCGAUUUAACUUGGUUUUAACUGUCAAUUUGUUAUAGGUCUUACCUGUGUUUUAAAAAAGGAAAAGAAAGGAAGGAAAUGGAAAGGUGAGGAAAGAAAAGAAAGGAAGGAAACCAUAAAGUCAAGUUAUAAGUUUUGAGAGUUGUUUUUUUUUUUUUCUGGAACUACUUCAAGUGGGAAAAUAAAAU